UACCUCCUUUCCUUGCUAUCUACUCAUCGUUUCUCUUCCAUUUGCCUCGAGGCCGCCGAACCGCGAGCUUCGUAUUCUUGAGCACGAGCUUGGGAGAAAUUCCAGUUUUAUGGUUCACGAAGACUAAAUCCGAGUCGGUCGGAUAUUGUACGAUCCUUGCAGCUGGCAGGCAAAUCAAAGUGCAUGAUUACCAUCUCGCCCUCACCCAUUCGCACUAUUUCUUCUUCAAAAGCGCGGUUGUAUCUCAUUUAAACCCUAUCAUCCUCGUAUCUUGGACUACAUCCUUCAACGAUCGACAUAUCUUUCCAGAUGGCUUCGGCGUCUACUGUACCGUUGGGCCAACGUAAACCCAUGACCGUAUAUGCGAACGCUUUCGAUGUAACACAAAUCCCCGUCAAAGUGUACGAGCAAUACGAUGUAAUGACACCCGAUGUCGAAAAUGUUCGAUGGAGACAUCGAAUAAUCGAAAGACUCCAAAACCACGAGGCACCCAGGGUUUUUCGUCUGUGUCUGUUUGACGGGAAGAGUAUUCUAUACUCUGCCGCACCGCUGGAUCUCCCUGAUGGCAACGCAGGAAAUUACACCCUUGUGGUUCCCGGAAAAGGUCGAGUUACAGUCAAGGUAGCCCGUGUGUCAGGGGAGGCGGUAACAUUUGACGACCUCAAAAGCUUUCUCAAUGGAAGAAUCAGUGAUCAAACGCCUAAGGUCACUGUCGCCCUUAAUCUCCUCCAGUUUAUUAUUCGCCAGGCCCCGAAUCUUAAAUACCCGAAUAACGGGAGAGCCUACUUUACCAGUACUGGCUCAAAAGAUCUUCGUGGAGGUCUUCAGCUGUUUCGCGGAUUCUUUCAGAGUGUCCGACCAGCAAUUGGCAGAGUUCUUGUGAACGUUGACAUCAGCGCAGCAGCAAUGUACAAACCAGGGCCGUUUGUGGACGUUGCUCUAGAAGUUUUGAACAUUCGAGGGAAUGCACGAGCACUCAGUUACAAGAAGCAUAGCAAAGAGUGGAAUAUUCUCAGCCAGUUUUUCCGGAAUGUUCUUGUUGACAUAAAGCUACCACAAAAGACUGUGACAAAGAAAAUUGUUGGUCUCGUUGAGGCAGCCGGACGUUUUCAGUUUACCAAAGAGCAAGAAGACGGCUCAUCACUUCCCACAACUGUGGCGGAAUACUACCACAAAACAUACAACAUACGGUUAUCAUUCCCCGACAUCAUUGGCAUCGAAUUGAGCCGAGGAUCUGGAAAAAACACUGUCAUUCCGGCUGAACUUUGCACUGUGGCCGCAGGCCAGCGGUACACCCGUAAACUACCGCAGAACAUGACGAGCAUGAUGGUUGAUUUUUCCAAAUUCAGGCCAGAGAAACGGUUGGAAAUGAUCGUUGGCCAGAAAGGCGACCGAGUCCAACCUCCCACGCUCGAGUAUGCCACUUCGCCUUAUAUCCAAGACGCGGGAAUGGAAAUAUCAGAGAAACCAAUCAUGUUGCAAGGUCAACUUCUCAGACCACCUACCAUCUCCUACGGCAAAAAACAGUCGGCGGAAGUGAACAACGGAGCAUGGAACAUCACGAGACAGCAUCUACAUUCUCCUGAGACCAUCAAGGCGUGGGCGGUUGUGGAUUACAGUUUAAGGCUCGAUCAAAAUGUUGUCAAAGGGUUUAUGGAUACACUUGAAACGUGUUGCACUUCACGAGGGAUGACCGUGAAAUCUAAGCCGUCAUACAAACGAGGCAGUGGUGUCGGCUCGGUAGAACGGGAUAUCAAGGAGGCAUGCUCUCUGGCAUUGAUCUCAGCCGGAGCCCCUCCUGGUUAUAACAAGCCACCUGAGAUCGUAAUAGUCAUCCUGCCUCAAUCUGCCGCUGACAUCCGUCAAGAUGUUAAGAGAACAGGGGAUGUCAUUCUUGGCGUGUCUACACAAUGUGUGCGGGAAGACAACAUCGCGAAGUUUACGGGAUCACGACUUGACCAAUACUGUAAUAACAUCGCCAUCAAAAUCAACGCUCGAUUAACGGGAGUGAACUCCAUCCCAUCAUCUCCUGCAUUUGACUGGUUCACGAAGGAAGAUUUCAUAUUUUUUGGUGCCGAUGUUGGUCAUCCCGGGCCCGGUAUCCAGAACAAGCCCUCGGUUGCUAGCGUCGUCUUUUCGUAUGACCUGCACGGCGUCAAGUACAGUGCAACGUCGAGGGUGCAGCAGCCGCGGCAGGAGAGAAUAGGCGAGCUCGGUCCUAUGGUUUAUGACGCCAUUUCGCGAUAUGGCAAGAUCCACCAUAAAGCCCCGAAAAGACUCAUGUUCUUCAGAGACGGUCUCUCUGAAGGUGAAUAUACGGGUGUCGGUGAACUGGAGUUCCAAGACAUCAAAGAGGCUAUCAGAAGGGUUUGGGCUGAAGUGAAAUUAAGUGACCCUUGGCCUUUAGUCACCUACCUCAUUGUAGGGAAGAGACAUCACGUUCGCUUCUUCCCAAUAAACCCUCAAGAUGGAGAUCGAAAGAGCGGCAAUGUACAAGCUGGGUUUGUCGCCAGUGAAGGUAUUGCCAAUCCGAUAGCCAAAGACUUUUACCUCCUGUCCCAUGGUGGGCUGCUCGGAACAAGCCGACCUGCCCACUAUAUUGUACUCAAGGACGAGAAUUUCGAUUUUGAUAUCAGACCUAUACAAGAGGUGUCAUACACUCUCUGCCACGCGUAUGUGAGCGCAACUCGAUCCGUCUCCAUACCUGCCCCCGUCUAUUAUGCGGAUAAGGUCUGCGCUCGUGCAGAGUAUCACUUUGAUGCGAGUUUGCGUUACAUGGAUGAUUCCGCAACCGUAGCGAGUACGGCCAAUAGUGAGAAGCCGUCGUUCAACUUAAGCCAGUGGCGAUCGGGCUACGCACAAACCCACUCGUCCAUGCUGGCCAGGAUGUUUUUCGCAUAGAUUUGUAGCCUUCAGCGUUUGUCAGUUUCGUGUCCAUUAGUCCCGAUGUAUUAUUUCUUGUUGGAUGUACUAUUCAGGCAAUUAGGAUGGGUAGCUUCGCUAAGUCGACGCUGACGAUCGGGUUGG